CACAUAUCGCGCAACUUAUACUGCGGUUUUUUUAAGCUGAACUGAAGCUGUCACGACGCAGCAAUCGUUUUGUGCGAACGUCCUCGGACAUCAGAUCACGUUAAGCUAAGAGCCGGAGGUGCAAAGUCGUUCGUCGACCACGCUCAUUGCCCGCAUUGCUUCUUGUUCGGCUUUCGUGACAGCAGUACAACUUUCACGGCGUUAUGCGCUGGUUAUUUAGUUUUAUUAGCGUGGGCGGAUUGCGGGGUAAUGCUUUAGCAAUACCUUGAGCAGUCUUCCUCAUUCUACGUGUACGAAUGUUUAAAAAGAAAACAUGGAGUGGCUUUUUGGUCGCAAGAAGUCGCCAGAGGAGAUGCUUCGGCAAAACCAGCGGGCUCUCAAUAAAGCCAUGCGUGACCUGGACAGAGAGCGCGUAAAAAUGGAACAGCAGGAAAAGAAGAUCAUCAUGGACAUUAAGAAAAUGGCCAAGGACAAUCAGAUGGACGCCGUGAAGAUCAUGGCGCGGGAUUUGGUUCGGACACGGCGGCAAGUGAAAAAGUUCAUCCUGAUGCGGGCCAACAUCCAGGCGGUCUCGCUGAAGAUCCAGACACUUCGCUCGCAGAAUGCCAUGGCACAAGCCAUGCGAGGCGUCACGCGUGCCAUGCAGAGCAUGAACAAACAGCUGAACCUGCCACAGAUACAGAAGAUAAUGCAGGAGUUCGAGAAGCAGUCUGAAAUUAUGGACAUGAAAGAGGAGAUGAUGAACGAUGCCAUCGACGACGCAAUGGGCGAUGAUGAAGAUGAGGAGGAGAGUGAUGCCAUUGUGAACGAGGUCUUGGACGAACUGGGUCUCCAGCUUUCCGAAAAGCUGACAGAUCUUCCAGAAGCCGGCGGAUCGCUGAGUGCGGCCGCACAAAAGGGCAAGGCGGCCACACCUGCUGCCGUCAGCGACGCCGAUGCUGAUCUCCAGGCUAGACUCGAAAACUUGCGAAGAGAAUAGACGCUGCGCCUGACUUUGGCUAGAGGGAACUGCGCAAAAUGUGUUUUUUAAGUCUUGUAUAAAAAAAAAAUUACGUUCGUUUGCCGAGGAUGCUGUUGUGGUCUUCAAACAAAGAAACAAAAGAAGCGUACUUCCACCUUAAUGCCUCCAGUAGGAGAGAGCAUAAUGCUGGUCUAUGACUGCUUGCCUGAUCUUUAGUAAUAGUCAGCCAGUGUUCAAGCUUGGAAGCUGAGAAGAAAAAUCAGUGGGGGAAUGGUGCUACUGACUGCCAAAAUCACACUUUACGUUUCUAUGUUAUGUUAUUGUAAGAAAUAGGACCUCACAAAAUUUCAUGAGCUAGGUGUUGCAGUGCACAAGCUCUGAAAGUGAAAGUAUGGGCACUGCGAGUGCUUACGUAAAUUUUCUAAAUUUCUUACUAUGCAAACUGAUAGAAAUUCGGCAUAACUGUUACUACUGCGUGAAAACAAAAAUUAAUAUUAAAACGGUGUUCUUUUAAGAACUGUUCCUGCUGCAAGCAAACGAAAAUUAAUAUUAGAACUUAGACUGCUUUGAACAGUAUUGCGCUGUAAACUAGCCACAUUCCAGUUAAAAAGCUUAUACUGGUGCAGCAAUUAGGUGGCUGCCUGUGCCAUCCACAAGCUUUUUCAAUUCAAUUUUACAAGAUGAAUCUGGCUACAAGCAAGCAUGAGCUUCAAAACAUAGCCUUUGGUACACAUGUUGAGCUGACCUGCCACACCUUGUUUUCAACAUUGAAAAAAAAAAAAAAAGCACAGAUGUACCACUAGUAAGCUCACUAAUGGACAGCAAUGAUUCAAAUGUAAUGCAUCCUCCACAGUUGUUUUGCAAUCGCUUGCAUACUUGCUGUAAUAUAUAAUAAAACUGCUUUAUCCAAGUUU